CAAUACGCACCACGCUAGUGACACUGGCUAAUACACGAAAGUUCAUUUCAUAAAAGUGACAAUACCUUUGCCGUCCACUUUUGUCUUUACCCAUACUGUUGCCGUUGGCGCAACUAUGAUGUACCUAUAUCAGUGACCCUUAAAACUAGGAGAGAAACCAUUGUACUAUAAAACUUUCAAUGUUACUUCUGAGAGUGAAGUACUUAGUUCAAAAUCAGACUCGGUGCUCAAGCCUGAGAGACAGCCUUUGGUACCAAAUAAGCGAUGAUCUGGAGAAGGAGAAGGACUUGCCUCUCGGGUCUCUUUCUCUUGACCCUCAGCUUCGUCAGUGUAGUUCUCGUCUUCAGGAUUUCAAGUCACACACAACAGGACAAGGCAGAGGCACUGCCUUGGAAGGUGUUUCCCCGCAGCUCCAGGAGGACACCCCUGGGAGAUGGCACUACCCGAGUAACCUGCCUGGUGGUGACUUCGCCGGGGCACCACGAGGACCGCGCCCGGCACCAGGGGGCAGCUUGGAGGGACCCCCGACCGCCCACGCCGUGCCCCAAAACCUAUUUCCUUUCCUCUGCCGCCCACCCUGAUCUCCCCAACGUUAUACUCUCGAACUACACGGGUUACGAGGACCUGUGGGGCAAAGUGCUGCACGGGCUGAGGGCGGUGAACCCAGCCUCGGCGCAUUGGUUCCUCAAGGCCGACGACGACACUUUCCUUCUCUACCCUCACCUCCUCGACCUGCUUGGCGAUUUUGACUCCUCCGCGCCGCUCUUCCUCGGCCUUCCGUUGGUGUUUAAAGACGAAAAUCGCUCCCUGAGAGUGGAGUACAUGUCCGGCGGCGCUGGCUACGUCCUCAGCAGCCCCGCCGUCAGACUGCUACAGAAAACCCUACUGCAGGAGUGCCAUCUGCCGGGCCUCACCUCCUAUGAGGACGUCAAUAUGGGUGCAUGCAUGGCGGCUCUAGGGGUGAAGACGGGAGACACUCGAGACUCUCUGGGACGAGCCAGAUUCCUACCGUAUCCUCCUUGGGUCCUUAUACGAGAGGACUUGCAGCACCAGCCAGGCUACGCGUGGCUCCAAAGGAUGUCCAAGUUUCCCUUCAGCUUUGGCAUUGAGCACAUGAGUGACCGAGUGGUCAGCUUCCACGAGGUCCGGGACCCCAGGGACUUCUACGCCCUCCAGUACCUGACCAGCGAUUUGAAGGUUCUUCCUGAAGGCGCGGGUUCUCCUUUUACGCUUCCAGAGGGAUGAUUUCCAAUUUCGUUGUAUUCAUAUAUUUAUCUGCUUGCUUUUGUGCAAGUCAUUCUGGUAUGAUGGUGCCGAUGAUGGUUUUAUACUUGUGAGGCCAAAAGUUAAGCUAAUAAGGAUAAAGUAGUGAAGUCAUUGUAUUUCGAAACAAACGUGUAGAGAUUGAUUUACUGCGCUAUGAUACAGUUACCCCUUUAACUUUGCCGUUUUCUUCGGAGAUGUAAAUGAAGACAAUGGGAUUCCUGAAAUGUUUUGCAAAGUUAUGUAAAUUGCAGCAGCAGUAAUCAUGGUAACGGGCAACUAAAUUGCUAAUCUGAAAAUGAACUAGAAAUAAAAAAACAAGAUGGCUUAUUUGAUGAUAUGAGCAAAACGCCAAAUUUAAAGUGAAAAUCUUUCAGAAAACAUUAUUUGCUGGCAUUAUCUUAUUAUAAAAUCGAUAUAAACAAUCUAAUAAAUUAUAAUCUAU